AUGCCCCCUCCCCUGGUCUUUUUUGGCCUCAUCCUGACCCGGUUGUGUUUCCAGGUGGACGGCGUGUGGGUGGACUACGCCGUCACGGUGGUGGUGAACGGAGCCGGGGUGAGCUCCGAGCAGCUGGACUACCUGACCCUGCAGUCCAACCGCGUGGAGAGCUCGUACCGCCGCGUCGGCGCGCCCCCCACCGUGGUCUACACCGUCAGCGAGGUCAAGAACCUCUUCACCGAGGCCCUCCAGAAGCAGGGGCUGGAGAGCGGCAUCGAGGAAGAGGGUUUGUUUUUUGAGGACGCUGUGCAGAGCCCUGCUGCAGACACGCUUCCGCCUGAAGACCCGCCAGCUGAGCUACCAGACAGCGCCACACUUCCUGAACCGCCGGUGGAAGUCGAGGCGUCCGGCUCGGGCGUGGACGGUCUGGGAGGCCCGGUCGAUCCCUCCGCGGCCGGUGGAGAUGAGGAGAAGGAGACAGCUGUUGAACCUCUGGAGGAGGUCGUGGCGAACGAGGCUGAAAUACCAGAAGACGUCGAGAUCUCUACAUUCACCACUGAAACCACAGAAGAAGAGGAUCUGCCUGUCCAGGUCCCCCUUCCAGAGGCUCCAGAUGCAGCCCAGCCUGACCCGUCUGUGGUCACAGAUGAGGAAUUCAGUGCCAAACAGCCCGAGGACGAUCCAGCCGUUAGCGUGGUGGUGAGCCCAGCAGGGACGGAGGUGACGGAGGAGGGGGAGGAGGAGGCACCGCGAGAUCCAGAGAUCUCAACAGAAGAUCUAACUGAGGACGAGAUCCUACCGGUCAGCAAAGACGAGCCGCCGCUGCCGGACUCCUGGAGUCCCGCCGAACCGACGGCCCUGUCUCCGGAGAGGGAGUCUCCUUUCACCAGGAUCGCCGACACCGAUCCGGCGUUUGACCUCCAACCUGACGCAAUCAACCCCUCACUGGUGGAGAGCGAAGACUUGGAGGACGUCACUCCUGGAGACAGCGGCUUCGAUGUGGUCCACUACGGUUUUGGUCUGACCAACCACACAGAGGAGGGCAGCACUGGGUUUCCCUUCGGCGUGGGGAUCAACACCGACCAGGCCAGCAUCGCCAUGCCCGUGAAUCCGGGCCGGGCGCUCAUGGUCUUCUUCAGCCUGCGUGUGACCAACAUGGUCUUCUCUGAGGAUCUCUUUAACAAGAGUUCUCCGGAGUACAAGGCCCUGGAGCAGCGAUUCCUGGAGCUGCUUGUGCCUUACCUCCAGUCCAACCUGAGUCACUUUGAGAACCUGGAGAUCCUGAACUUCAGGAAUGGGAGCAUUGUGGUCAACAGCCGGAUGAGGUUUGGGAAACCCGUGGCCCGAGGCGUCACCACCACCGUCUACCUGAUCCUGGAGGACUUCUGCAACACCGCCUACCAGACCAUGAACCUGGCCAUCGAUAAGUACUCCCUGGACGUGGAAUCAGGUGACCAGGCCGACCCCUGUAAGUUCCAGGCCUGCAACGAAUACGCCGAGUGCAAAGUGAACAAGUGGUCGGGGGAGGCGGAGUGCGUGUGCAACGCCGGCUACUUCAGCGUGGACGGCCUGCCGUGCCAGAGUAUCUGCGAGCUGCAGGUCGACUUCUGCCUCAAUGACGGCAAGUGCGACGUCAUCCCGGGCCAGGGAGCCAUCUGCAGGUGCCGUGUCGGGGAGAACUGGUGGUACCGGGGCGAGCACUGCGAGGAGUACGUGUCCGAGCCGCUGGUGGUCGGCAUCGCCAUCGCCUCGGUGGCCGGCUUCCUGCUAGUGGCCUCCGGGGUCAUCUUCUUCCUGGCCAGAACGCUACGGGAUCAGUACGACAAGGACGAGUCGGAGGACCCCAUACGGCGGGCCGAGAGCCUGCCGUCCCUGGAGAGGGCCACCAAGUACAACCCCAUGUACGAGAGCGAGGCCACCACGGGCUACAGCCACUACUACCGCCGCUACCCGGAGGCCCCGGUCUACAGCAGCGCCAGCGCCGAGGCCUCCACCGACUUCAGCAGCGAGGAGAUACGGCACAUCUACGAGAACAGCGAGCUGACCAAGGAGGAAAUCCAGGACAGGAUUCGCAUCAUCGAGCUCUACGCUAAGGACCGGCAGUUCGCGGACUUCGUGCGGCAGCAUCAAGCCUGA